AUGGCCAAGUCCAGGGGCAGGAAGUCGGCCGCGGCUUCUCACGAGCUCGCAAUCGAAACCGAAGACAAGGGCCAGUCUCCGUCGCCCUCGCCCUCACCGUUGUCGCCACCCCCGUCCGCUGUCCAGCAGGGCCAAUCCGUCCAGGCCGGCACGAAAGGAUCCAAAGCAAGGAAAAAUGCAUCCUCGUCGUCGCUGUCGCCGUCGGCCUCGUCCUUGAUUAUCUGCCGCAACAAGCACUGGCGACACAUUUCCUCCUUUCACGGCCAUUGGCUUCAGAUGCCUGUCGAAACCCUCGAGACCAUCGCCAACAUCAACUACAAUACCCCUCGGCCUCGGCCCAUCGACCCAGCCGUCCUCUUCGAUGUCAUCAAGAUCCGGAGGAACGUCGACGAAGCUUCUGACUUGGCCGUUAGGGCCGCCAGCGACAUGAUUUCCCCAAUCCUAUCCAGCGUCGGCGGGAUCGGAGCUGGCUCCAUGAGCUCUUUCGGUCUCGGUCCCGCCGGCCACGGUGCCAAGCUGAGCCGCGAGAGAAGAUUUCGCAUGCGAGAGCUGGCGAGCCAGAAGCUUGCCCGAGCCUAUCGCCUCGACGAGAUAGCUUCCAGCGUCGCCACCAUGCAGGGGGCCUCCACCCUUGAGGAGAUUGGUGGUCUGGUCCUCCAGCGCAACCCCAACGACCUCGACGCCAAGUACGUCCACUUUUUCCACGAAAAGAUACCUUCGCGCCAGCUGGCCGAGUCGACGGAUCUCAAGGACCUCGAAGGCAUCCUUUCCCAGAAGAGGCAGCCGGAAGUGCUGCGCACCUCGGCCUCGGUCAAGAUCUUCAAGGACGACCUCGAUGGCGCUCUCCAGGACCUCACGGCUGCCAUGAACUUGUCGAGAUACAAUAGCCAGCUGCACCAGACAUCCACCGACCCCCUGCCAGAAGCCCGGCAGCUUCAAGCCGGCAAGAGACGGCCGGUCGAUGUCAUUCUUGCCGAAGAUGAGCAGCCGAGCGGCCUCGACUCGCAGCUCCUGCUUCAACGCGCCUGCGUUUACCUUGCCAUGGCAUGCGACCACGUGCCCGGCGGCUUGUCCAACUCCUCGACGGCUCGGGAGCACCCUGAGCCCGAAGGAGCUGCUGCCGCCGCCGCCGAGCAAGCUGAUGCUGACUCGGAUAAUACGGAGGAGAAUUCGAAAGAUCAGGCCGAGGUCCGCAGGAUUGUCAAAUCCAUGGCGAAGCGCGCUCUGCGAGAUCUGAUGGCCUUCCUCUCCGCCUUCGAAUACUCCCCCGACUUGCCCAUUAAGAUCCACAGGGACUUCUACGACCGGGUCGAGCAUGCCAAGCAGGGUACCCGCAACCCACGGAACCCAGAUGCGAACAGCCCGAUCAAGCCACACACGGUUCACCCCAUAUCCGUCCUCUUUUCUCCUCAGCAGCCACCCGACCUUCCCGAGUUUCCCUACAAGACCGUCGAGAAAAACGGCGUCAAGGCUGGGCUCCACGACAACACUUGCGAAUGGGUCACAUAUCAUCCACUUCUGACCGAGGCCCUCCACUGCCUCUUGCUGUGUCAUUGCCUUGCCCAGACAUCACCAAAGGAGCUUCAGCGCCAUGCCUACAUGGUCGCUCGCCUCGUUCGACUGUGCGACGGCCAUCCUGUAUUUCAAGCGAGCAGAUCCCCGGCGCGUUCCGAUUGGGUCGAAGUGCUCCGCAGAACAGACCAGUGGCUGGAUCUUUGCGCUGGCUGGGACAGUCUCUGUUUCCCGGCACCCCUUCCGAUUCUCGGCGGUGCCCCGAGGAUGCCCUUAAGCGCUCACAAGCAGGUCGGGGCCUCCGCCGCCGCCGACUCGGUCGUUGCCAGCCAGAUCCAGUCGGAGGGCAACAAGGAGAUGGGAACCAUGGGCAAGGCUAUCCUCGGCGCCGCCUGCGUCGCCUCCAAAGGCCUCACCCGCGAGGUCAUUCCCCUCGGCACCUUCUCGGGCGUCAAAGUCCCUUCCAGCGCCAUCCCUCUUGACAAGGACUCGCCCUUGUUCCGCGACGGCGACGACAGCAAGGACGGUUCGCUCGCUUCCGAUCGCUCCCUGUGCAUUUCGCAGUGGGUGAAGGAGGCCCCGACGGUGACGGCCACGAAACCAAAGCGCAAGAAGCGCGUCAGGCGAGACAACGGGCUCGGCGAAAUGGAUAAGGCUGCCGAGGAUCUUGGCAAACUAGAGCUUUGA